GAUUUUCGUGAAAUAUUCAUUAUUCCAGGUAAUAUAAUAUAAUAAUAUAAAAAAUAUUAUUUAAAAAUUUAUUUAAAGAUUGAUUUUUAUUUUAAAUUAAUGUAAAAUUUUAUUAACAAAUUAAAUAAAAAAAACUUACACAAUAUUAUUAAAUAAAUUAUAAUAUGUAAUACAAUUUUUAAACAAUUUAGAAUCAUAUAUUAAAUUAUGAAAUUAUGAAAUCCUAAUUAGCUUUUAAUUAGCUUUAACUUUAACUUUAAUUUAAUAUGUUGAAUAAAGUCAUCGUGUUAAAUUAUAUUUAUCAGUUAUCUUUAGAUAUAAAAAAAUUUAGACAAAUUUUAUCAUAUUAAUUAUCUUGAGAAAAUUCAUUUUUUUUAUCAAAUAUUAUAAAUAAUUGUUUUAAUAAAUUCAACAUAAGAAUUAACAUGAUAAAAUAUUAUUAUUAAAUGUUAAUAAAAUUAGGUUAUGAUAAGUAAAAUUUCGAUUUGUUUUCGCAUCAUAAUGCUUGCCAAACGAUCAGUAUAUAUAUUUUAUGUAUAUAUAUUUACACAAUAUAUGAAUACAUACAUUUCUACAUAUAUUUUCAUAUUAAAUAGAAGAACUUUGGAUUGAAACCAAAUUCUAUUAUCUAAUAUUGACUAAUAUUCAAUGGCAAAUUUUUAUAUCUUAUUGGUACAAUAAAUAAAAUUAAUACAAAAUUAAUUAUUAUUAAAUAAUAAAAUAUUUCUUCAAAUACUUGAACAAAAAUAUGAAAGAAAUCAUUAGUUGCAAUAUAAUUAUUAAAUUACUAAUAUAUUGAGUCGAAGUUUUGUUUUUCUAUCGAUUAUAGAAAAUGCAUUAUUAUUUAAAAUUUUUUAUAAUUUUUAUAAAUAUUUGCAAAUUCAAAAGAAUCAUAUUAGAAUUUUCAAGACGAUUUUUUUUUUAAAUUCGAAAUAUUUUGAAAAUAAAUUUUGUUAAUAUAUGAAUUUUAUUUAUUAAUCAUUUAUAUAAAUUUUUAUUUGGAACAAUAUGUGAUCUAAAUAUAUAUAUAUAUAUAUAUAAUAUUUUAUAAUAAAAUAAUAUCUUUAGAUCUUUAAAUAUACUUUAUUUAUAAAUAUUAUAAUAUACAUAUAUUAUAAAUUAUAAAUAUACAUAUAUAUAUGUAUCGAAUGAUUCAAUUUUAAUAUUACAUAAAAAAAAUAAGUAAAACUUUUAAGAUAGUAGUAUAAGUCUUAUCAAAUAAUAGUUUUAUCAAUAAUCUAUAGUACUAUUUAAUAAUAGAGGAAAAAGAGAAAAUUAAUUAAUUUUUGGACAGGAAUACAAAUAUGUGAAAUUCUUACUAUAAAAGGAUAUAAGUAAACAGGUUCGAAGUACAGUUUUACUCAACAGGUUGAUUGAAAAUAAAAAAAACAAAAAAUGGAAAAAUUUGACAAUAUUUGGUCACAGUUAGUACAAGCCAUAAAUUGUUGAAAGAAUAUUUCAAAUUCAUUUCAACGUGAAAAAAAAAUGUUAUUUUUAAAAUUGUUAAUAUUAAUUCCAUAAUUCUAAAAUUUUAUUUAUUUAUUAAAAAUUGAAAAUUAAAAUCUUUAAAAAUUGCACUAUAUAAAAUAAUACAAAUAUUAUAUGUUAUUUCAAUGAUUAUGAUAUAUUUUAAAUAAUCAAUAGAUUUUACAAAGAUUUAUCAAUAAUUAUUUAAAAACAGCAUACGAUCAUUUUUGUUCUUCAUUCUGAAUGUCAUGUAUCAUUUAAAUGCGCGAAAAACAAACGAGUUCUCGAAAGAGUCCAACAGAGAGGAACGUUCUAGUAGCCUCUAGUCUAUUCAUUCGGUUGCUCUCGUGACGAUUCGGCCAUACUCGACAUAGCAGUCACGUGGCUUUCUACAACCCACACAAUAAAUAUAUUUAAGUUGCUCCGGGAACGCACUGACAGUUUCACUAUUGACCCGAAGGGAAUAUGUUUUAUAACGCAUAUAUAUUGACGAUUUUGUUGAAAAGACGUUUUUUUUUUUCAAUAAAAAAUUUUUAUAUGCCAGUGUGUGAUACAAAGUGUAAAAAAUAGACGACUAAUGUCAAUAGUGAUCAUAUUAUAUAACGAAAGAAAGAAAAUAAAAAGCUAAAAUACUAGCGAGGAGAUUGAAAGGAAGAAUAAGAAUAACUGUCACACGUUUUCUUGGUAAUAUUACAAGAUUUUUAAAAAAAGAAAACGAAAGUGUGUUUUAAAUCAUUUAUUUUUCGUUCUGCCUUUUUUUGUUAACACAUCGGCAUUGUUUAGUGAGCUUUUUGGCUGAUUCUUUGAAAACGUAAAAAAAAAAAACAUUUAACCUGCAGAGCAAGUUCUUAACGGCAAAAGGGCACGAACUUAACCUUCUAGUGUGUGAAAAAAAGCCAACAUAUAUCUAUAUUAAAAAGUUUCAUCCUUUGAGAGAAAAAAGGAAAAGGACACCACGUAUUCGAAAUCAGGCACGGAUCAAAGGGUCCACAAAAUGGACUCGCCUGUCAUCGUGGACAAAGCAUCUGAAUUCGGAGAAUCAAUUGAUUUGGAUCGUCCAUUUCCCGGAUUUCCAUUCGACGGCGACAAUUUUGGUCGACGCAGUGAUAUUCGUGCCCAUCUGGAUGAUUUAGCAGCUCGUCAUCCAGAAUUUGCAGAUCAUUUAUUAGGUCCACCUUGGGGUGAUAUCCCUUUCCACAAUUCUUUUCGCAAUCGAAACCGUGAUAUUGGAAAUAAAGAACGUAAUAAUUAUCAACAAGGCUAUUCCGACGAGGACGCAAGAAGUCAGGCAAGCGGAAGUAGUGUUGCCAGUGGAACUAGUGUCUCCAGUUCUCACGGCGAAUCAGACGUUAAUCAGAAUCAACAAAACAAAUCUCCAAAUUUUGAGCAAAAUAUUAAAAAAAGUCAAAUUCCACAAUACGGAUUACGCAACACAGUAGAUAUAGGUCAACAUCAUCAUAACAUGGAGAAUACUGAUAAAGGAAAUCGUGGUCAACGUUCUAUGUCUGCACCUCCAGAAAAUAGACAAUCUUUUAAUCAACAAUUUCAGCAACAAGAACAACAAUCACCACAGCAAUCACAGAGAUAUGUUUCCAGGAUAGAUAUCACACCACAGCAUAAUCAGCCUCAACAUAAAUCACAACAACAAUCUCAACAGCAACAACAACAAAAACCGCAACAACAAAGCAAUGUUAGGCAUAUUCCAAUUUUUGUUGAGGGCAGAGAUGAACCUGUGCUUCCAAGGAGUUUCGAUCAAGGUUCGCAACAUCGAACUUUUGUGAAUAUGGAUCCACAUUUUCAAAGACCGACGCCAUUUGGUCAGCAUUUUGCUGGAAGACAUCAACAAUGGUCUCCACAUUUUCAAGAAUCGUUUUAUCAGCAGCCAAGUGCAUUUGAACAUCCCUCUGUGAGACAACAGCAAACUCAUAAUUUUAAAGAGCCUAGACAACAAUUGUACAAUGAAAGACAACCUCAGCAUCAGCAAUAUUGUGAAAGACAACCUCAGCAACAGCAUUAUGAGCAACAAAAACAACAAAAAACUCAACAGCCUCAACAACAGAGACAAGAGUUACCUAUUGUUUUAAAGGAUCCUUUAGAGAGAGUAGCUCUUGUUCAAAAAGAAGUUAAUGCUUUGGCUGAACAAGUCAAGCAAUAUAAUGGCAUUUCAAGAACAGAUAAAGAAUAUAUUUAUUUAGAUGAAAUGCUUACUAGAGAAUUGAUUAAAUUGGACGAUAUUGAAACAGAAGGUAGAGACAAUGUGCGACAGGCACGUAAAAACGCAAUAAAAAGUAUACAGGAAACGAUUAGCUUACUGGAGUCGAAAGCGCCACUGCCUUUGCAACAAAUGUCAGCAGAAGAACAGGAAAAACAGGAAGAUCAAGUUUCCAACAUUACUGAAGAGACUGAAAAAAUGAAUCAGAAACUAGAAGAUCAAUCACAGAAUAAGGAAGCUAUCCCACUGCCUCCUGGUCCAUCAUCUCCAAUGAAAAAGACUGGAGAAAUCAUCGAAACUUGUGUGGAAAAAUUAGAAAGUUUUGAUAAUAAUCAAACGGCAGAUUUACAAGAGGAAGCUAAUCAAACUUCCAACAAAUCUAUAAAUGCGAUUUCAAAUGCAUUGGAAAAACAGGAAAUGAUUGCAAUGGAUACACAUAGUUCAGAAGAAUCAAAUAUAACUGAAAAGAAGAAAUUGAAAAAUGUUUCUGAAGAGAAAAAACAAAAAUAUAUCCCUGAAGAGAAAAAAGUAGAUAUUUCUAUUGAGAAACCUAUAAAGAAUAUUUCUUCCGAGAAUAAGUCAGAAAAUCUUUUAGAUGAAAAAAAAAUAGAGAACAUUUCUGAUCACAAGAUAGAAAACACUACUAUGGAAAUAAAAGAAACUAUUGAAAAAAAUAAAAUUGAAAAAGAUGUCAAAGAAGAAAAAGAAACAGAGAAAACUGAUAAUAAACAGUCUAUUCAAGAAGAACAACAGAAAACAGAAGAGAAAAUGGACCUAGAUAGUGGUGAAAUAAAACAAUCACCUAAAUCGCAGAAGAAAGGAAAAAAGACGAAAAAACAGGUUCCAAUUUCUGAUAAACCUAUACCAUUGCCAGCUCCAGAAAGUACUGAGGCAAAGUAAAAUAACAGAAAAAAUUAGUUACGAUUUUAAUUGUAUUAAAAGAUACGUCAAUCUAAUUAUUGUUAGUUUGUGUAUCUUUAGAACGAAACUAUUGUUUUCAUUCAAGAAAUCACAAAAUCUCGUGAUCGUUAUUUCUUUUCUGUUUUAUGAUUAUUUUUGGUGCCAGAUUGACAAAAACGUCGUGGAUCGACGUGGUAAUCGCACAAUCGUUUAUUAGCAUAGAAUCAUGCUGAUCAAAAACUUCUUCUGUUUUGCUUCGUUAUUUUAAUUUCCAUGUUAUUAUAAUUCAAACAGGGGAAGCAUAUAUGGAAUCUGUUCAAUGAAUUUAGAGCGUAUAUAAAAAAAACAACGAAUGUAGCAUUUUUAAAGUUGUUUUCGCUGUUGCGUUGCAUUUGAACGAGGCUGUCCCCUUUCUUUUCUAUAUCGCGAUUACAUAUGAUUUCAAACGAAAUCGAAUAUACAACAUUCACCAGAUUGUAUUAUACAUUUUGAAUGUUUAAAUUUUGCACUUAAAAAAAUAAAUAUUGGUCCUCAUUUAAAAAUAAUUCUUUGUUUUUCUCUUUCUUUUUAUUUUAUUUUAUAUUUUAUUAUUUUAAUUAGAUUCAUUAUUUAUUAAAUAUUUUUUUUUUCUUAUUGAUUUAUUAAUUAUUUAAUUUAUUAAUGAUUGAUUAAAUAAAAACAAAAAAAUAGUAAUUGAUAAUAAUUAAUAAUUCAGAGAAUUGAUUUUAUUUCAGGGAAAUUCAAAGAUUUGAUUUCAUAUUUAAUUUUUUAGAUAAUGAUAUUUAGUGUUUGUAUUAUCGAAACUGACAUAAAUCGAUAUUGAUAAUAAGAUUAAAGAAAGAACUUUUGAUACUAUUGCGUGAAUUUUUAAAUGUAUUGAAUGAUGAUAGUGGUGAUGUUGUUAAAAAGAAAAUGCGUUGGAGAUUGUUGAAUGUUAAUGAACAGAAUGUGUCUGUUUCUUACGAUUAUAAUAUAGUAUUACAAUGUACGAUCUAAGAUAUGAUAAAAUUAACUUCAUCAUCAUCAUCAUCAUCAUCAUCAUCAUCAUCAUCAUCAUCAUCAUCAUCAUUAUUAUUAUUAUUAUUAUUAUUUAUAAUUUAUUGUGCGUCUGUUGAAUGAUUUAAACACGAUUUUCGUGUCUUUCAUGUUAGGAGCUAUUAAAAGAGGAUGAUUCAGAAAUUUACAGAUUUUCAAUAUAUAAAAAUAAUAAGUGAGUAAAAAAAAUUAAUUACAAAAAUUAUAUUAAAUUUCUUUAUUUAAUCUCGAUUUUUUUAAAUUUCAUUUUUAGACACAAAGAUUCAAAACAUUAAAAAAAACGAAUAUUAAUAAAAAAGAUUAAUAAAAAACAGAUAUAUUUAUUAAUUUUAUAAUAUUUAUAAAAUCAUAAAAUUAUUUUUUUAUAUGAAAUUUUUCAUAUCAUAUGCAAAUAAUUUAUAAUUUUGUAACUUAUUGCUAUAUAAAAAUUUAAUAUGUAAUUCUUAGUUAUUAAUAAUUAAAUUUAAAAAUAAAUAAAUAAUAUAUAAUAUAAAAUCUGUGAAUUUUUGAAACAUUUUAUUUUAACAUUGUGUACACAUUUGUUGUCACAAAAUGUGUGUGAUAUAUGAACCGUGAACAUAUUAGGUCAUAUAUGUUCGUCUUGUGAAAAAUAAUGCAUCCUACUCAUUAUUUUAAAUCAUCUUAUCUUUUAAUCUUUUUAUUUUAUCAUAUUUUUUUAUUUUUGAUAACAUUAAUUCGAAUUUAACGUUAAAAAACAUUAUUUUAAUUAAAUUAAAUUAUUUUUACUAUUACUUUUUAAAAAUAAAUUAAUUAAUAGUAACAAGAUAUGGGAUGCAUUAUUUUAUGGUUCCUUGUUAUAUCUCAUGAUACUCAUCAUUAUUCUUCGUUUUUUGUUUUUUUUUUUCUUGUUUUUUUUUCCCUUUUUUUUGUUUAAUAUAUAAUAAUUGUAUAAUAUUUACAUAUUCUUAGAGAAUAUGUAUUUUGAAGAUUUUGUAUUUUUAAUGACGUGUGAAAAGAACAUGUAUAGAAAGAAUAAAUGAUUAUAUAAUAGAUAAAACGAAUAGGUGAAUGAAUGAUUUCAUUGUGGUGAUGAACAAAUGAAAAUUGUCAGUAGAACAUCGUAUAAAUAUUGCAAUGAAAAUAUAAUUAUUUUAUGAACAAACGCA